AUGGACAAGCGUCAACGUGAAUCAAGGACAGAUUUCAGGUGUGGGUGCACGGCCAAAUUUCGAGUUCAUAUAGAUAAGACAAAUGGUCGGUGGUAUGCAAAGUUGUUUAGUGAUGAGCACAAUCAUGAGUUAGAAGAUGAUAAAAUGUGUGGCAUGAUAGCAGCUCACAGGAAAAUGAAUGAAUCGGAUAUUAUGCAUAUGAACAACAUGUCACGGUCUGGUAUAAGUACUCCUCAGAUCCACAACACCUUUGCCAGCCAAACAGGUGGAUAUCAAAAGGUAAGAUUUUCAAAAGGAAAUAUGUACAAUGUUCAAGGAAGACAACGAAGAAUGAAGAAGAAGGAGCCGGAAAAAACUGAUGCUGAAUUUGCAAUAAGUUAUAUUCGUGGGUUGGGAAGCAAAGAUCCAUUAUUGUAUUGUCGGCACGUUGCGAAUGAUGAUGGAAAUCUUGAUCGCCUUUUCUGGAGCGAUGGAAUAAGUCAGCUAAACUAUCAAGUAUUUGGUGAUGUUGUUGCUUUUGAUGCCACGUAUGGGAAAAAUCGCUACAAGUGCCCCUUUGUUGUAUUCUAUGGAGUUAAUCAUCAUAACAAAAGCACAAUUUUUUCUACUGCUCUGGUUUCGAAUGAGAAGAUAGAAACGUAUGUGUGGCUACUUGAGAGGUUUUUGGAAGCUAUGAAAGGAAAGGCACCCUUGUUUGUUAUUACUGAUGGUGACAAAGCAAUGAAAGCGGCUAUUAAACAAGUGUUUCCAAAUGCCCACCACAGAUUAUGUGCAUGGCACAUCCUUGAUAAUGCCAGAAAACACGUGCAUAUACGUGCAUUCAAUACUGAGCUAAGGAAAUGCAUGUUUAUGGAGCUUGAUGUAUCUGAGUUUGAAGAACACUGGGCUGCUACUGUUGCAAAGUUUGGCUGGAAGAAAAUACUUGGGUUGAGGAAUUAUAUGAAAGAAGAAUGA